GUUGCCAAGGCAACGAUUGUGUACCUAAACAUACAAUAAAAAAUGUGUUGAUUUCGUUGAGUCAUAUUUGCUGCUUCGAUUGCCGGGUUGGAAAAUUAAACUGAAACGUUUCGAAAACUGAAAGGACAAUGUCAUUCAAGGACGUUCGAGACCUUUCGGAGCACCUCAAGCUGCUUGGCUAUCCAAACAACAUCCCUCUUUCGGUUCUCAACACUCCCUACGGUGGUCCGGAGAGCUUCAAAGCCUACUAUGAUAUCCUCACGUGGCUUAUCGGACGACUUGAACCAAACCUGGUGCUAGCCGGAGGCACCCGCAACGAACAGGACCGUGUCCUAUUCGUCCGCUCGGCCACCGAAUUCCUGGUCACCAAGUCCAGCAUCAAGGUCAACCCUAGAAAGCUGUACGCCAGUUCGUCUGCCGCCGCAAAAGAACUUCUCAAAGUCACUUCUCUGCUGAUUGCAUCGCCAAAGGUGACCGGCGCCGAAGAGGACUCAAUCAAGUCCCACGUGGAGAUCGAUCUGUCGGACAAGAUGGACGACUUGAGGAAGGUCCGUGGGCUAUCGUCCGAGCUUACCAAUCGGGGAGCGGCUUUGUACGAUUUGUUGAAGAAAGAGCUGGUCAACAGGGAAACACGCACGGUUCAGUCAACGCGUCCCCUCGAGUUGGCAACGGUGGAGAAGGUGAUCAAGUCCGCGAUAACGUCGUUGGACUCCAAAUUGGUGGCAUCGCAGGCAACGUUGAAUAGUUUGAAAGCCGAAAACGGUAAUCUUGCAUCCAAGAUUCAGAGAAAGUCAUCGGAGCUGGAGCGGUCAAAGCAAAGAUUGCAAGCACUGCAGAAGGUUCGCCCAGCUUAUUUGGAAGAAUUUGAGAAACUGGAAGUGGAGCUGAAGAGCUUGUACGAACAGUACAUAAUACGAAUUCGGUGCGUUGAUGCACUGAAAUCGCAAUUGAUUAGCAAAAAUCGCACUCCAACACCGACUUCGCCGAUUGCCAAAAUGGCUGACAGCAGUAUGACGAUUCUCCCGGAAGGGCUGAUGGAUUCGGACGAUGAGAACGAUGACGAGAUUGAUGACUUUGAUGAAAGGGAAGAUGUUAAGCUGAAGUCCGACAAACGAGUUCUGCGCAGUGAACUGUUGAAUCGGGAUCGGGGUUCAACGCGAUUCCGUACUCGAACUGCUGAAGGAGGGCCACCAUCAAUGAGCGGGCGGGAUCGGGUUCGCAUGAUCGGCGGGAUGAAUGACGAUUUGGGACCACUGGACAGCUCGCUCGGAAGUUCUGCUGAGUCCGAAAGUGAUCUGGAGAUGGACGGCAAUGGACUUAUCGACGAAAUCCGUUCGGAUGAUGACGACGACGACGACGAGGAUGACGAAAGUCUGACGAAGCUGGCGAGGGAGAACUCGAACCUGGCACGGAGCGCCAAGCAGGACCAGAGCGACGAAGACUUUUAAACCGCAAUACCAGUCGUCACAGCAAUCUCUAUCACUAAUAAUUUAUUUUAUUUUUAAAACACAAUAAAAUGUACACAGGUUUAUACACAA